AAAUGUAUGCUUGAGAUUAGUCAUUUUUCAGCGUGCCGUUUCGUUUGAAGUUCGAACCAUAGCAUUCGAAUUCUUAGAAAGUUUAUUUUCGUUUCUUAUUUGUCUUUAAAUUAAAAUGAUGAGAUCAAUAUGCGCAAAAAAUCCAGAAGUGCCGUUGUUGUACUCGAUUCCAGAAUGUCUUCGCCAUAACAGCAUGAUUGAAUUAUCUGGUCAAAUGCUUCAAAGUGGCAGAUUCCGUGUUGACCUUAAAAAUGGAUAUUAUGAACCAGACGGUGAUAUAGCUUUUCACUUGAGUGUUCGACCUUCCCUUUAUGAAAUUGUCCGAAACCAUAAGGAAAACAAAAAAUGGCAAGAAGAAGAGAACGAGGGGGGUUGUCCAAUUGAGUAUGGUGGCCAGUUUAAAAUACUUAUUUUCGUUGAAAAUGAUAUGAUCAAGGUUUGCAUCGAUAACUGUAGCUUCUGUGAAUUUCGACCCCGACUUCCACUGUCAUCGGCCAAAUUUCUUUACAUAUGUGGAGAUGUGACGAUUCAUUAUGUCAAAAUCAUACAAUAGAAAUAGAUAUAUAGAUAUCUACAGAUAUUAAUAUAUGGAUUUGCAAAAAGCGCUCAUUUAACGCUUCCCUUCGCUCGGACGCUGUGUAUGCUGAAUACAAUGGUGUCAUUGUGUGAAAGUAAAAAGCAAAAAAUAUAAACAUUUUAAAUCAUUUCAAACAAUGACAUUAUUGUUACGUUCAUAUACACAGCGUCCGAGCGCAGGGAAGCGUUAAAUGAGCGCUUUUUGCAAAUCUAUAUAUUAAUAUCUGUAGAUAUCUAUCUAUCUAUUUCCAUUGUAUGGUCAAAAUUCAAAUAGUUGGACUUGUGCUGCAACAAUAGUUGGACCUCUUUUAGCUUGCAUCUUCGGUAUAAUAAGAUUCAACUGAUAUGUGUGAUUCAAUAAAUUGAAAUGAUUAUCUAAAAUAUGCAAAUAAAUGAUUUUUUAAAUAUA